AUGUUAAUACCAUUCAUAAAGUUGAUGAAGGAUGUAGAUGGUGAUGGGAAUUGUGGAUUUAGAGCUAUUACAGGUUUACUUGGUCUUGGAGAGAACGACUGGGUGCAAGUUAGGCGUGAUCUGCUACUUGAAUUGAAUAAUCACAUAGAUGAAUACGUCGUACUAUACGGGUCACAUGAGAGGGUUAAAGAGUUGACACACAUCCUUUCAUAUUUUGAAAAUAACCUAGGCUUUGAUCGUUGGAUGACUAUGCCUAACAUGGGGCAUCUUAUUGCAUCAUUUUAUAAUGUAGUCUUGUACCACUUGUCAUUGCAACAGUGUCUCACUUUCUUACCUUUGAGAUCACCACCAGUAACCCUAGCUGAUCGUUGCGAGAUUACUAUUGGAUUUGUCAAUGGAAAUCAUUUUGUGCAGGUAUUUUUGGAAGCCGGUCAUCUAGUUUCUCCCAUUGCCGUGCUUUGGCGAGUUUACCAUCACCCUUGUGCGUUAGAAUGGGAGAAUGCAUAUGUUAGCCGCAUUCAAAAACUCAAAGACAACACAGGACCUAAUGUAGUUACUCGAGAGACAUUUGAUGUAGUUGAUAUAGAUUGA